CAGGCAGCAGUCCGCGGCCCGGGACAGUGGAACCAGGACCAAGCAGUCUCGAGGAGAACAGAUUGGUACACGAGACUUCGAAUCUCGUGAGGAGAACAUUGUCAUACCGGCCCGAUCUGCGAUCCACUUUUAUCGCGAAACUCCUCGAUAUCGAUACGCGAAUAUGAAACGUUCGCAUUGUCGUUGACUCCUUUAUCAUUAAAUACACACUUAAGUGACGAAUUUUACAUAAAAAAUUGAGAAAAAACUCUGCUCGACUCGUGUGUUGUGACUCAAAUAAGUGUAGCAGUAAUUUUUUUUCUCUACGCUCGAGUGAAUGGAAAACAGAUAAAACUGAGCUCAGCCGUGAUUGAGUACUCGAUCAGUGAUAACUGUCAAUCGUGAUUUCGAUGGUGAGUGAAUUUUGCGGCGAAUACGAAACUCAGUGAGGCUGAGUCUUCGAUACGGAUCGCGCUAUUUUUUUUCUUCCACGUGAAAUAAAACCUCAAUUGUGAGAAAAACAAUGACUGUCGUGUAUCUAAUGAUUUGAUGUAAAAUUAACCGCUAACGAGAGGAUAAGAUUAAAGCGAGGCUCCCUCGGGAAACGAGGAGUAAUGAGAUAAGCUCACUUGGCUGAGAGUGCAUAAAAAGCGAGUGAAUAAGGGAAGAAGAGCCCAAAAAGAGGAAGAAAAAUAGGUUGAAGGAAUAGACGAGGGAGAGAGAGAGAGAGAGAGAGAGAGAGAGCGAGAGCGAAAGAGAUUUAAAAAAAGAAACAAAAAACGUGGGAGAAAAAGAGAGAGCGAGAGAGAGCGGAGAACAUGAGAGCGGAUGCCUCGUUCUUCUGGUGGUACUGUUGGCGCACGUGCGGUGCACGAGGAAGUUACUACGAGUCGACGAGGCGCUCGGAGCUACCACGUUAGAACAUUGGCCUCUCUCUUUUGUCAGAGGCCAGAACAUCGGCCCGAGGGCUAAAAACCCUUUAGGCUACCUUUAAAUUCUUUCCCUCUCCGUCCCCUUCCUUUUUUUUAUCUCUUCAUACACCAAAGUAGUCGAGAAUACAUAAUUUCUCUUUUCUCUGGCAUUCCUUAAUAAUACACAUUUUUCUUUCCUCACAUUUAUCGUCCGGUCUCUCUUGCUCGCUCCCUGAAUUUUCACUCUUCAACUUCGCUCGAAACUUUCAAUUUUUGCGGAAUCGUAACGCUCCUACAACCAUUCUUUUCCUCUUGUUUACAGUUUUAUGUACCCGUCCCUUUUUUCACCUUUUUUACGCUCCAACCCCCAAUCCUCGUCGACCUCAUUCCACUUUCGAAUCUACGGUGCACCAAACAACCCGAGACUUUGAAUAUCAAAAAGGAGAGUAGAGAAAAAAAGAAGGAAACAAAGACAAAUACACACUAGGCGCGCGGGACUCAUCACCAGUCAUCCAAGGGACAGGAAUGAGAGGCGUCGGCGAGGUUGGAUCAUCGCCGGUUAAAGCGCCGGUCGCAAUUUUCACUUUACCACUUUUUCUUCUCGUCGUUGGAAUAGGCGACGGUGUACGUUACGGAAGCGCGAGAGCUCAUCCCUAUCAAGAUUCAACGGCAGCCGCCGCUGGUCCGGUAUUUGUCGCACCCGUUGGCAACCAAACAGCUGCAAUUGGACGCGAAGCAAUAUUCUCGUGUAGCGUUGGCAACAUUGGAAAAUACAAGGUAGGUUGGCUCCGAGCCUCGGACCAAACCAUACUAUCGAUGCACACACGUACCGUGACACACAAUGCACGUAUCGCGGUGACUUUCGAGUCCGGUGGUAGUCCCGGCGGUUCAAACGGGGUAGGAACAACCGGUAAUGCAGGGAGAGGGAUCACGUCCAAUCAGCACGGAAGUGUUACCGGAAGUAGUCACGUACCUGAGGAUGCCGUAAAUGGCACAUGGCAAUUGCACAUCCGUCAGCUCAAGGAAUCCGACAGGGGUUGUUACAUGUGUCAAAUUAACACGAGUCCGAUGAUCUCUGCGCUUGGGUGUCUCGACAUCCUUGUGCCACCGGACAUAGUUUACGGGGGAGAAACGAGCACCGAUGUGGCAGUUGCGGAGGGUGACAACGCGACCCUUACUUGUCAAGCAACCGGAAGACCAACCCCCAAAGUUUCAUGGAGACGAGAACACGGAUCUAUUCUCAUCAGGAAUUCGACGUCAUCCACAAGUGGGAACAGUUUUGGUGAAUACCAAAACUACACCGGUUCGCUGUUGCACUUUUAUCGUGUCGACAGACGACAAAUGGGAGUUUACAUGUGCAUCGCUAGCAACGACGUCCCACCGGCCGUUAGCAAAAGGGUCACGCUGGCUGUGAAUUUUCCGCCCGCCGUAAAAGCUUCGAACCAGCUGCUCGGGACCCCAUUGGGCACAAACGUCACGCUCAGGUGUUCCGUCGAGGCGUACCCAAAGACAAUAAACUACUGGAUGAGAAACGGCAAGGACAUGCUUCUUGAUGGCCCAAAAUAUUCAGUGAGUGAAGUCGUCUCGGGUUAUCAGACAGUCAUGUCAUUACUUAUAAAACACUUGUCGAAAGAGGAUUUCGCUGGCUACAAAUGUGUCGCUACAAAUAGUCUGGGAAAAGCUGAUGGAGUUGUAAGACUUUAUGAGCUUGACCUGGACAAUUCAGCACGAAUAUCCCGUGGGAAGGAUCACGUGUCGAUGAUUGGCGGAUUGGCGGAAGCAGCAAGAGGGAAAGCCGGAUCGAGCAUUCGAGUGUUUGAAAAUUCAUCACGAGUCGGUAUAACGUAUGCUCUUGGAGCGAUUCUCGUGCUGCUACGAACGUUAUGUCCACGGUGAACGUGUGCCUAAACAUAUACGUACAAACGCGUGCGUAUAUUCAUAAAGAGACUUCCUUGAGGGAAAAGCUACACAAGAGACAGACACACAUAUCUAUAAAUAUAUGAAAAAAUCUUAGACGCCGAAUGUCAUCGUUAGCUGAAGAUAAACAAAGCAAAAAAAAAAAAAUAUAACAAAAAUCAAUAAUUUUGUGCCAAAAAUGAAUAACGAUUCAAUAGGCUGUGUCGUGGCUAGAAUCGCGAUGAAAAUGAAAAGACGGAAGUCAGCACCCUACUCCGGUCUCCGCGGCUCUUCCUUAGUACUGAAAAUCUAUCAUCUUGUCAUCCGCACCGCAUCGUCGUCACAUCGAUAUAUCACAUCCGCAUUCGAUUCUCCCUUUUUCUUUCCUCGUGAAUGAAAAUCGACGAAGAAAAUGAACGAAUAAAAAAUUGAUGAAUUGAGAGGAAGAAAAAUAAAAAUAAAGAUAAACCCCCGCCUCGUAGACAUAUCCGACAAAUUUUUUCAUAUCAUACGUGCGCUGUAUUAAUCAUUAUUACAAUAAUAAUACUCAACGCGUGAGGAGCCGAGAGAAAGCGGACGAGCUUUUGAAGGAGGUCAAAAACUGGCGAAAGAAACUUCCCGAUAGACGCGUCGCGGAAGAAAGCUUUCUCAAAAAGACUCUCCUGUUUGCACUUCUGGCCAUUACUCCAGACACAACGACGACGUGUGCGUGUGUGUAUGUUUACCGAAGAUAAAUGUGCAGCGAAGUGUAAAAAGGACUUUCCUAUUUUAAAGAAAAAAAAAACAAACAAACAAAAAACUAUUUCCAAGUUAUAAAAAUAUUAAUAAGAUCAAUAAAUGUCAUGUCGUCCUCGUACCGCGCGUGAGUAUGGUUCUAAGUGCGUGUGUUUUUGUGUUUGUGUGAUUGAACCCUUUCGAUAUGUUCGUCGAUCGAUAUUUUUUAUUGUUCCGUCAAUACAAAUUGUUUGACUCUCAUCGACUUUGAAUAUUUCGGUUUAGCCUUAAAAUUAUUGAAAAUUCUAAAGAAAACGUGAGUUUCAUUCGUUCUGAAUAAUUCUUGUCAAGUAAAAAGUACAAAAAGCUUUCGAUAUGCAUCGUGGGAGAAAUGAAUUUAUUCGAAAUUAGAGUACAAACAUUCUUCCACUGAUUUUGUUAUUGUUCAUGCCGAUUCAGUAUUGCCAUUUCUGAAAUUAGUUUCAUUAUGAAAUUUAUUUUUAUACUACAGCAAAAUCUACUUCAUUACUUUGACCUCAAUGAAAAUAUUUCUAUGUAAUUCGUGUACCAACAAAAAUUCGAAAAAAAAACUCAUUAUUUUUGCUCAACUAGGGAGAAAAACAAAAUGCAUAAAUGUGUGGGUUUGCGACUGGCCAAGCGAGUGAGAACGAAGAGAAGCUUUUGUUAGUCUCAUUCUCGAAAAAAGCGAUAAACCAUGUACAGAACGUCAAUUGCGUUGGGAUAAGAUCACAAAUUUUAUACGAUAAAAGACAAUGCGAAGUUUGUGAAAUUGCAUCUCUGACGAGAAAACAUAAAACGCCGUACGAAGAGGGUGAACGAAAAAGAAAAAAUUAAAUAGAUUAAAAUAUACGCGCUGUGAAGUGUGAGCUCGUAAUGUUCGUGUGACUUUUGAAACUUCGCGUCGCGAAUGAGAGCACGCUCCAAAGAAAAAAAAACCGAGUGACAGAAAGGAAGAGAUAUACGUUCUUAAAAAAUAACAAGCCUAAAAAAAGAAUCGCAAGUCUCCUAACGCCCUUUUCAUAAUUAUAAAAUCAACAAAAAAAGGAAUAAAAACAAGAAUGAAUCGUCGUUUCUAUGAUUACUAAAAAUGCUCAGUUUUCAAGGGUACACACCUACUGUAACGAUAAUAAUAAUAAUAUUAAUAAUAAUUAAUAAUAAUAAUUAUAACGUCGAUGAGAAUGACGAAGAAGAAAAAAAAAUUCGUAUAGAGCUUUACGGACUGGUAAAAUUAGUGUGAACCAUUUUUCACUUUUCUUUUUUUUUUUACUUUCAGCCUUAGAAUUGUACUCGUCGUUAGGAUGGAGAAACGAUUAAAAAUUGCACCGGCUCCGCCUUUUUCCUGCCUGACGCUUUUUCCAGGUCCAAAAAUAUAAAAAAACUGACUUUUGUUUGCGUUACAACAAAAUUGUGAUUGCUUCGGUCGAUCGAUAGUCUGUGGCUUAGACAGAAGCGUAGACGCGAAGUUCAUGGAUUUAAUAGUACCAAGGAAAUGAUUUUUUUUUUUUUAGAAAUUUCUAUCGCUCGACCUGUUUAGUCGUGGAACUGAAAACAUUAUUUCUUCGUAAAAAAAGAUGUUGUACGGUGUGUUGUUUACUUAUUAAACUGUGAUACAUUUUUUUUUUUCGUCGUACGUUCGGCCGAUAGUAGUGUUGGAUCUUAAAUAGAAUUCUUACUGAUUAUUUUACCCUAAAGUUCUAUCGAACUGAGGAUUGUUUUCGUAAAAAUAUUUUCAAAGGUUCGAAGGAAAAGAAUGUUGCCACAACCGAUAAUAACAUCAAAAUCGGUCGAAUUUUUUUAUUUCUCGUUAAAUGUUCCUUUGGCAAGAAUUACAAGCUUUUAUUACCUAAAAAGAGUUAUUCAAAUAAACAAAAGUUUUAAAAAGUAUUAUUUUAUCUCGUUUAUCACUAGUUUGACUAGUACGUACUGCUGAAAUUCGGAUGUGUAUGUAAAUAUAACAUAUUUAUGUAUAUGUGCAGUGAUUAAGGCGAUGUAUCAAACGUAUCGACCGCUUCGAAAUAUCGAAAUUCUUCGAUGAGAAAAAAAAUGUUGCUCGUCGAGCAGGAUCCAUUUAGUUGGUCGAAAUAACAGUGAAAUGAGCUGUGUUUUUUUAGCGUGGAAAAUGAUUUAGUCUUUUCAACAAAAGAACAGCUGAAUUCACUACAUUUUCGUGCAAAUAAUUGAAUUUUGUUCAACGAACAGAAUUGUACCGUUUUUUUUCAAAGAGACAAAGUUCUGUAGGAAUAUGGAGAAAAAUUCCAUAUAUCCGACCGUGUACAGCCCUGGAGGAACGAAAUUUCGAAAUUUCGAACUGUCGCUCUUGCACCCACAGUGGCUUGGUCGAUAUGACGCAUUGCCUUUGAAAAAUGAAAAUCACGAGCGAAAAAAGUGAUGGAACGAAACAUCCUUUUUUUUGUACCUAGAAGUACGCUGCAUUGAAAACUUUACGCAUGACUGGAUUUCGUGCGACGAGAGAAAGGUCAAUGACAAAAAGAGCGUUAUCAUUGUAUCAUAUCUACGUGUCGCCGAACGCAGAAGCGUUUAAGCUUCGCGUGAUUUUUGUGAUGAAGAGAACGAAAAAUUUAUCAAGAGGUUAUUUCAAGAUGGUGUAAACGAAUGGCGAGUGCAAAAGAGAGAGAGAAAAAGAGAGAAAGAAAUGUGAAAGAGAGAGAGAGAGAGAAAGAGCUAUUCGCGCGUUUUAUUUUGUAUAAAUUUAUAAUUUUUUUUUCUUUUUCGUGCUUAAUCGUGCAUUCAGAUACGCUCGACUGACUCAAAUCUAUACGAAAAAAAAUGCUCGGCCUUUCCUAAUGAUGCUUUUGGGAGUUGUCGAAUUAAACUAAAGUGGUGACUCUUUACCGGUGCAAAUGUAAAAGAACGAGGACGUCUAGACGUCGAUAAUUGAUGUUUGAAAAUAAAUUAAACACUCGUACGUCUAUAUA